AUGUCGACCUCGAAUGAUGAUAUCAAGGAGGCCCCUGGCUACUCUGUAGACCCCCCUAAUACCGAGACGGAAAAGGCGGAGGUGGAAGAUCACCUUGAAGUCUUCAAAAGAGGGGAAGGCCAGAUCGAUUUUCGUACUGUGAGCUGGAUCCGGGCAGGAAUUAUCUUCCUAAAAAUCAUCUUUGCUACCGGUGUCCUCUCAAUUCCAUCACUGAUGUACGAGCUCGGGGCCUUUCCAGGCGCCGUCAGUGUCAUCGGAUGGACUCUUCUAAAUACCUAUUGUGCCAUCGUGCAGGGCAACUUCCGUAACCGCUAUCCCGGCUGUCACUCCAUCGCGGAUAUGGCCCAAGUAGUGGGCGGCCCGAUAGUCAAGGAGCUGGUCGGAUUUCUUUUCACAGUCAGCUACGUGAUCGUUGCUGCAUCAGGCAUCAUUGGUGUUUCGACUGCGUUCAAUGCGCUCUCGCAGCAUUCCGUCUGCACUGUCUGGUUUAGUUUCAUCGCAACGGUCAUCAUCGCCGGAUGCGCGAGUGUACGCAAAUUCUCGCAUAUUGGCUGGCUGACUUGGGUUGGCUUUGCUAGUGUGUACAUCGCCGUGUUUAUUAUCGUGAUUGGCGUGACAACUCGAGAUCGCCCGGCGGCUGCACCGCAAACAGGUGAUUAUGAUUUUGGAUACAGGGUGAUCGGUAACCCCAGUUUUACAACCGGUAUCACCGCUGCAGCCACGAUCUUUGUCUCGAGUGCUGCAACAUCGGCGUUCUUGCCCGUUAUCUCGGAGAUGCGCAAGCCCAAGGACUAUCCCAAGGCCGUCUAUCUCAGCAUGAGCCUAGUAACCGCCUCGUACCUGACGUUUAGUCUGGUGAUCUAUGCCUGGUGCGGCAAAUGGAUCGCCUCGCCCUCCCUCGGCAGUGCCGGAACAACCGUCAAACGCGUCGCGUAUGGAAUUGCACUGCCGGGCUUGAUUAUCAGUGGCUGUUUAUACGUACACGUCGCGGCCAAGUAUCUCUUCGUCCGAAUCCUGCGCAACUCCCGUCAUUUGCAGGCGAACACGGUAGUCCACUGGGGUACUUGGCUUAGCUGCACGAUUGGAAUGGCAGCAAUAUCAUUUAUCUUAGCCUGUGCGAUUCCGAUUUUCAACUUUGUGUUGGCCUUGGUGGGUGCGUUGUGCUUUGCACCGUUGGGUAUGAGUCUUCCGGGAUGGUUAUGGCUGUACACUCAUGGCGAGUAUCUGAAGGGGAAUAUCCUGCAGAAGGCUAUGUAUGCUAUCCAUGUCUUGCUUAUCUUGUUGGGGGCAUUCAUGGCUGUGGGAGGAACGUACGGGGUUAUUGUUCAGAUUAAUCAGGCGUACGCCGACGGACAGAUCUCGUCAGCCUUUUCGUGUGCUGACAAUAGCGGUUCAUCCUGA